UGCAACCCCUUGUGAAAAGCGAGCUACCAAGGAUUUUUAUUUGGUAGCCCUGCCAUUCCGACAACCUCGUGAGCGCACUUACCCCAAGACCCGCUCCGCCCACCACGAAGCGAGGCGAGACAUACUGUACGCCCGUGCCAUUCUACAUAUAAUAAGGCGUUGGGUAGUAGGGGGGGCAGCAUCACACCUUCUAAGGUAUCAAUCAUAAUCGAAAUAAGUCAGCUGGGGGUAUUUACAAUAAAGUAAAAGCAAAGCACAAGGGUGGGCGGAAUUCAUGAUGGAACAGGUUAUGGAUGUGAGUUGGAUGACACAUGGGAAAGACAACUGGAGUAACCAAAACACAAAUAAUCAUUCGUCGUCCAAUCAAGCAAAUAAUCCUUCAGCUUCGAAUCAUAUAUCGAAGCCUCUGAACUCAGCCAAGACUAACGGCAAGCCACCUUCACCAACACCUAGUCCUCCCUCCAACGGCUCUGUCCCGCCGACAGAGUCGACAACUACCGCUAAAUCUAUACCUUUACGUUCUGGCAGGAAUAGGAGCCAUUCUACGGAUGGGUCGCCGCAUCAAAAUGGCACACCGCCACAGAGGAGAGGGUCUUGGUUCUCUAGUAUAUCGUCGAAAUUCUCCACGUCGCCCGCGAAUGGACACACACCACCCCCAGCUCCCACGGCGGAGCCCGAUACUGAUGGCGUAACUCCUCUACCCAAAAUAGUACAGAAUAAGAAUGCCGUUCUUACGCAUGCGUCGCGUCAGACCGGCGACGCUCCAUACAUCCCUGCGCCCCCAAAGACGAACCAGCAAGGCUUCUUGGGAGUGUUCCGUCGUCUGUCGUCAUCAAAUGGACCUAUCACUCCAGGCUCCAGAGCUAGCCAUGGUCUAGUGGAGCGAAAGGUUUUAAAUGUCGACCAAAAGAGAGAAAGGUGUCGGGUGAACGAACUGACCCAAGCCAAGCUUCGUAGGGUCGCCUUCUGUGUGGAUGUCGAGAUUGCGCCAAUGCCCAAAUACGUUGAGGAUGAGCCCACAUCUAAAAAAGCGGCUGAUAAAACCCAGAAGCGGAAGAUCACCGAAAAAAGUGAAGGCGAAACGCUGAAGAAUCCCAAGGUUUCGGAAGAGCAAAAAGAGAAUGUAGGAGUAGUCAAGGCGACUGGAGAGAUCCUACCAAAGGAACCCGAAAAAGAGGGUACAGAGGUGACGAAUGGUCAGCCCAAAGAGAAUAAUGCCAUAGAAGAGAAGCCAAUUAAAGAAAAAGAGCCUACGCGGAAGAAGGAAAAGAAGAAGAAGAGUGAGGCGGAACGAAAGGCCAAGAAGGAGCAAAAACGAAAAGAGGCUCUUGAGAAAGGCGCCAUUCCCAUGGAAAUCCACCUGGAUAGCGAUAGUUCGAUGGAAGACGGCUCAAUUCGAUCCGGAUCCCCAAAGACGCAGUUUGCGCCCACAACCAAUCCUGGAAGGAUAUACCGACGAUGUUGUCAACUCCGAGAGACUGAUAUCCUCACUAAAAUUACCCUACAGCUACCUAAAGCUUCGGAGUUGGGUGCCAAUGGCAUUGUUGACAAAUUGGAUCUUACUGGAUACUUCAUGUCGUUACCAGACCUAGUCACGUUAGGGGAUUUCUUGGCAGUUGUUCCCGUCAGAGAAGUCAUCUUGGAAUCCUGCGGUCUGACUGAUGAGGGCUUCCGUGUUAUUCUCGCUGGACUUCUUGCUGCUCGAAAAUCGACGACCAUGAGGCGAAGAAGCGUGACUAAAGCAACAGACUUGAUUCAGCAAGGUGGUGGUGUUGUGGAGAGGCUCGUCCUCAAGAACAACAGCAAGAUUGGCAUCGAGGGCUGGAAACACAUCUGCCUUUUUAUCCAUAUGUGUCGUUCUAUCAAAUACCUCGAUAUAUCGAACUUACCAUUUCCUAGUCCCGUAGAGCCCCAUAAGACGCCAAUCAGCCUUCAUCUCCACCCCAGCCAUAGCAAUGGACAUGGACAUGGACAUGGACAUGGACAAACUACUCCACCACCACCCCUCGACUUAUCUCUUCUCUUCUCGAAGUCGAUCGGAGAACGGCUAGCCGGUUCCGAAUUGGAGCUUCUUAAUCUUGGAUCAAUUGGUCUAACCACGAAUCAGCUCGGAGCUAUCGUAGACGGUAUUCUUAAGUCAGGCGUGACGAGACUCGGUCUUGCGAAUAACAAGAUCGACGCACAAGGCGUACAACACGUUGCUAGAUACUUGCGCAAUGCAAAAUGCGAAGGGCUCGACCUCGGGGGUAAUGAUCUUAGAGACUACCUACCUGAGAUAGCCGAGGCUUUCGGCGAACGAGAUGAACUUUGGGCACUCAGUCUGGCCAAUUGCAAUCUCAAACCGACGUCUUUAUGCAAACUAUUCCCCGUGUUGGCGAGACUUCCUAAUUUCAAAUUCCUCGAUUUAUCCCAUAACCACGACCUCUUCGAAUCCGAACCCAGCGCCAUCGGAUUACUUCGCAAAUAUCUCCCACACAUGGAUAGUCUUAGGAGAUUGCAUCUCGGUGACGUCUCAUUAUCCUCAGAGCAGGCGAUUGCUCUAGCUGAAAUCUUACCUGAAGCCAAGGCUCUAGCGCACAUCAACCUCCUUGAGAACCCAGAGCUCGUAAGUUUGGCUGGUGCGAGGACGGAAGAGGCCCAGGAAGAAGCUUGCGCUUUAUACGCCUCGUUAUUAGCUGCUGCACGUGUGUCAGGGGCACUGGUCAAGAUCGACAUAGAUUUCCCCACCGCGGAAUCAGGUGAGGUUGUGAAGGCGUUGGCGAACCGGGUUGUAGUGUACUGCAUGAGAAAUUUGCAGGGAGUGCCGGAUAUCCGCGACUCUACUGGUGAAGACGGCCAAACACUCGGCAAACUACCGGACGUUCUCCGACAUCUCGUAGGCCAUGAGGAGGAUUCCCCACUGGCGAUUAUGGAUAGCGAUACCGAGCCGGCACCCGACGAGGAUUAUGUCAUUGGCGGUACGGGAGUUGUGAAGGCUUUGGCUUGCGUCUUGAAAACCCGAGGAGACGAUUCUAGACAACUUUCUGGUGACUUGGCUAGGGAUUUGGAAAGCGGAACUACGUCGCCUAGAGCGACUCUGCCUCCUGGGAAGGUCAAGGAGAUGUCCAAGUAUUUACUGGUCAGCGCUCGAAAAAUUCGGGCUCGCCUACAGCCCGCAUUAGCCAUGGCCAAGGCAUCUCUCAGCGAGGACAUUCAUAAUUACCAUCGUCUUCUUUUCCUCGACCAAACCAUCGAGGGAAUAAUAAACCGCUUUGAGGAUGAAUUCCCAGAGACGCGCGAAAUUCCUUCAGAAGCUAUUAUAUCUGAUGUGGCCACUUCGAACGUGCCCGAACUUGGUACCUCUCUUUCAUCACUCGAGAUAGAUGCCGGCGCGCUAUCAGAUACGGAGGAUAUAGAAACUGCGCUUCGUUCGCCGACAUCCCGAUCCCGUUCCAACUCCAUCAUCUCGCAUAGCUCUAAAGCUCUCGUCGAAGAAGAGGGCCGCGUUCUUCGCGUCGGCCAUCGAUUCCGUCGUGGCCUUAUCAAGCAGGAACACUACGAUCUACUUACCAGUUCUGAAUUGAUCCGCAAUGAUCCUGACCAGUUGAGGCUGAUAUCCAGCAUGAUGGAUGAGCUAAUGGAAGAAGACGACCCGAUCCGCAAGGACGUACAAGCACAUGGCUACGUACAGGCGUUCCAACAGAACAAGCAGGAGAUCGUCAAGCGCCUUCGCGAGGCGGAUCCGCAGUACUGGGAGACCUUUGUCGAGUCGCAGGAGAAGGCCAGGGCGAACGUCCAGAUCGAGACCAAGAACGAGUGCCAGCAGCAUGGACCGUUAAUUCCUGACGAAGAAGCCAUCGCGGAUUAGCAGUUUGCUACAGCAGCAGCUUAAUGAGUUAAGAGAUGAGAGUGGAAGAAGAGGGAAAGGGGGGAGGACUGGUUAGGCUCAUAUUGUAUUGAUUAUUGUAUGUAUAAUAUUGGUGUCUACUUUGCUACCAAACCAAACCAACCGACCAACCCAUAAAACAAACGACAAAACAAACAAACAAACGAUCGAACGCACAGUCGAUCGAACAACCAAUCAAUCAAAUACAUUGCGAGAGGCGUUUUUGUCUCUCUUAUUUUCUGAUCAUAUCAUUUCUCUUUCAGCCAUUGGCGAGUGCUUUAGUCUUUAGGGGUGUUUUGAAAAUUGCAUUAAGUAGAAGUAGUAAUAGUAGAGAUAAUACCUACUAGGAGUGGAAGUUGGAAGUACAUAGCAAUAGAGAUCGAGGCUUGGCUAGUCGCUAAGAUUUCGGGACUGGACUGGACUGGACUGGA